AUGUCUGCCGUUGCAACGUGCAUCCGACCGAGGGCGGUGGUGAUGCGCCCGCUCUCCAUCGCGCACAAUGGCCUCCGGCGAUAUUAUUCCACACCGGCCAAAGCUCCGCUGCCUCUCGAGGGCUAUCGCGUGCUGGACAUGACGCGUGUUUUGGCAGGCCCGUACUGCACGCAAAUCUUGGGUGAUCUGGGUGCCGACGUCAUCAAGAUUGAGCAUCCGGUUCGCGGCGACGACACCAGAGCUUGGGGCCCCCCCUAUGCCGCAUACACUCCGCAGUCGAACCUGGACGGACCUGGAGAGGCUGCUUACUUCCUGGGCGCAAACCGAAAUAAAAAGUCCCUUGCCCUUUCGUUCCAGCACAAACAGGGCGUCGACAUUCUUCACAAACUCGUCGCCAAGUGCGACAUUCUGGUGGAGAAUUAUCUGCCGGGUACGUUGAGAAAGUAUGCGAUGGAUUAUGAAUCGCUGCGCAAAAUCAACCCAGGCCUCAUUUACGCCUCCAUCACCGGAUACGGCCAGACCGGCCCCUACGCCAACCGCGCCGGCUACGAUGUCAUGGUGGAGGCCGAGUUCGGGCUGAUGCACAUCACCGGCCAAAGGGACGGUCCUCCCGUCAAGGUUGGUGUGGCCGUCACAGACCUGACCACAGGCCUGUACACCAGCAACAGCAUCAUGGCCGCUCUCCUGGCUAGAUCCAAGACGGGCAGGGGCCAACACAUUGACGUGGCUCUGAGCGACUGCCAAACCGCCACCCUGGCCAACAUUGCCAGCAGCUGCCUCAUCAGCGGCAAAAAGGACUCGGGCCGCUGGGGCACGGCACACCCCUCAAUCGUCCCGUACAGGUCGUUCAAGACCCAGGACGGAGACAUUCUCUUUGGCGGUGGAAACGACCGACUGUUUGGCGUCCUGGCCGAUGGCCUCGGGAAGCCAGAGUGGAAGGACGACGCCAAGUACAAGACGAAUGCCGAGAGAGUCGCAAAUCGCGACGAGCUAGAGUCCGCCAUCGAAGCCAUUUCGCAGCAAAAGACCACGCACGAGUGGCUCCGCAUCUUCCAAGGCAGUGGCUUGCCGUAUGCCGCUGUCAAUGACGUGCAAAGCACGCUGAACCACGAGCACACAAAGGCACGCAACAUGGUUGUGGAAAUGAACCACGAGGCUUGCGGCCCGGUCAGGAUGGUCAACACUCCCGUCAAGUUCUCCGAAACUCAACCCUGCAUUCGCUCUGCGCCGCCCAUGCUCGGCCAGCACACCGACGAGGUCCUGAAAGAGCAUCUCGGUCUCGACGAGUCCGAGAUUUCCGCACUAAAGGAGCAGGGAGUCGUUAGAUAG